UCGGGGCCAGACCGCGGGCGCAGGUUGGAGCACCAGCAGCGUGCAUAUGAGCUUCAGCUCAUUGGGGGACUGCAGGGCAUGGCGUGGUGGACCGUAUACGGCCUCGUCGGCGUCGGCCUGCUGCACCGCUUCAACCCGACGUUCCGGAAACAGACGUGGGCGAUCAAGGCGUUCCUUGUCACAUCGAGCAGCAUCUUCGGACUCGUGAUUGGCGCAGACGACUACCUCCUCAAGUACGAGUCAGCGCAGCGUGACGCGGAAAACGCGAUACGGCGGGAGGCGCGUAACGCCCUCGCGAGUAAGGGGAUCAUCGCGACCGAGACAGAGAUCCGUCGGUGGCGCGCGCAGCGGCAGGCG